AUGCAAAAGUCCAUUAAAAAGAACCUACAAAAACAGUUGCCACCCCCAUCGCGUAUCACAGCCUCCACGUUCCCUUUCCACCAGCAGGCAGCCAUCGUGCAUUUCACUCUUUUACUUCCCACAUCCGCACUUUGCCUCUCACGAUCCAAAAUACCGUGGCCCAACGCCAAAAGAAAACAUCACAAAAUGUUCACCUACACGCUCGUCUCAGCCCUCAUCGGCGGCGCAUCCCUCGCCCUCGCCUCCCCAGCUCCCGUCAUAACCCCAGCACCAAUCUACGAGCGCCAGAGCGAAAGCGCUCUCGAACUCAAGUGCCAGGCCCAUUAUGAGUCCAUGAUGGCAAGAGCCCCCGAUCUCCCACGUGAACACCCAAUCAUCCAAUGGAUGAACCAGCCCGAGAACCUCAAGCUAUUCACCGACUACACCGACAUCAAAGCAAUGUGCGCCGCCAGAUGGGGCAAAAGCACUCUGGAACCGCCCUCUUCUCUCGCGUCCCAGUGGACCAGCUACAUGUCCGAGGCUCAAAUGUUUGCCAUCUCCAUGAAGGGCCCUGCGCACGAGCUGUCCGCCAUGGGCUGCCCUUCCGUCAUCGCCGCCGCUGGAGGACUGCUGGCCAUUACUGAGGAGGUCUCGUGCAGCAGAGCGUACAAGGCGUAUAUGGAUGCCGUGCCGUACCUUACCGCUACUGAUGGUGACGAUUUUGCUACCACCGGCCCGACUCGGACAAACGUUCUUGCGCCUUCAACCACGGCGCCCGGGUCAAGUGAGGAGACAGAUGUCAGCGGGAAUGACAGCGAGGAUGAGGGCGCUGAUGGGAACGGAAAUGGUGGUAGUGAGGAGGGGAGCACCGAGACGACCAGCACAUCCACUGCUGGUGGCCCAAGGGAGACUGGACAUGUGGCUGUUGCUGCCGCCGCCGCUCUCGCCGUUGUCGGUGCCAUGGCUGCGCUGUAA